AUGUCCGCGAGCGCCGCGCUCACGGUGGUGAACGCGAACGGGCGUUCGGUGUACGAGCGAGAGCUCGGGUCGAGCGCGGACAGCGUGGACACAGACGCGCACGUCAGGGAACUCAUCGGACGAGCGGCGUUGGAUUUCGCGGACGCGCGAUCUUGGGAAUCGUCGGCGACGUACCUGCGAUUGGUGGAUCGGUUCAACGACGCGGACGCGCACGGGUAUCGCACGAGCGGUGGCGGACGGUUCGUGCUCACACUUCGCGGACGGCUGCGCGGAAACGCCGGGGAUGAGACGAUCAGACAGUUUUUUACCGACGCACACGAGGCGUACGCGAUCGCGAAGAUGAAUCCGAUGCGCGACGAGGACGAGGAUUUGGGCGAAGCGUUCGAUCGAGCGGUGCGGGAGAGUUUCCGGAGACGAUUGGCGCCGCUCUUUCCGUUCGCGCGAACCGACGAGUGA